GGCAUGCGUCCGAAGUGCUGAAAGUCUCAGGAUAUCAAUCGCUUUCAGAGGUCAGAGUAAUCUUAAAGACAGAUGAAUGGUCAAGACCCCAGGCCCCCUGUCUGAGUUCUCAGCUGCUGUGCUGUAGAAAUCAUGUGUUUAUUUUCUGCGUCUCCUCCUCCAACAGUCUCUCUGAAGCCACUCUUAAAAUCCUACAUCUGGGCAAGCAAGAUCCUCUAGAAACUGAAUACCAUUUGGUCCUACUAAGAACUGUCUGUUCAAAUGUUGGAGCAUUUGAUUGAAAAAUUCUUCUUAGAUUUUUUAAAGAUAGCUGACAAAUGAUUAAAAGAAUUGAUUCUUUCUGAGAUUCAUCAGAUCACUUUCUGUAAAGUCCAUAUCUUUCUGUUCAUUUGUGAAUAAGAACCAGAGUCCUUGGAAACCUGGAAGUUUAAAAGAAGCAGGUACUAAACCUUAGUUUUCCCCUCAAGAAGAAGAAUGGGCUGUGACCGAAACUGCGGGCUCAUCGCUGGUGCUGUCAUUGGUGCAGUUCUGGCUGUGCUUGGAGGUAUUCUAAUGCCAGUUGGAGACAUGCUUAUUGAGAAGACAAUUAAAAAGGAAGUUGUCCUUGAAGAAGGUACAACUGCUUAUAAAAACUGGAUUAAAACAGGCACCGAUAUUUACAGACAGUUUUGGAUCUUUGAUGUGCAAAAUCCAGAAGAAGUGACACUUAACAGCAGCAAUAUUAAGGUUAAGGAAAUGGGGCCUUAUACAUAUAGAGUUCGUUAUCUAGCCAAGGAAAAUGUAACCCAUGACUCUCAGAAGAACACAGUCUCUUUUGUACAGCCCAAUGGUGCCAUCUUUGAACCUUCGCUGUCAAUUGGAUCAGAGAAUGACACUUACACAGUUCUCAAUUUGGCUAUAGCUGCUGUACCCCAUCUCUAUCCAAAUGCAUUUGUUCAAACGAUACUCAAUUCACUUAUCAAAAGGUCAAAGUCAACUCUGUUUCAAAGGAGAAGUGUGAAAGAAAUAUUGUGGGGCUACACAGAUCCAUUCCUGAGUUUGGUGCCAAACCCUAUUAGUACAACAGUUGGUGUGUUUUAUCCUUACAACAACACUGUAGAUGGAGUUUAUACUGUUUUCAAUGGAAAAGAUAACGUAAACAAAGUUGCUGUAAUUGACACUUACAAAGGUAAAAAGACUCUCGAUUAUUGGACAGAUUAUUGUGACAUGGUUAAUGGUACAGAUGCAGCUUCAUUUCCUCCUUUUGUUGAGAAGACACGGGUACUGCAAUUCUUUUCCUCCGACAUUUGCAGGUCCAUCUAUGCUGUGUUCACAGCCGAACAUGAUCUGAAAGGAAUUUCUGUGUACAGAUUUGGUCUUCCACCCAAGGCCUUUGCAUCUCCAGUUCAAAAUCCAGAUAACCAUUGUUUCUGCCUAAACGCAGAGAUCACAAAUAAUUGUACAUACUCUGGUUUGCUAGACAUUAGCAAAUGCAAACAAGGAAAACCCGUGAUCAUUUCGCUUCCUCAUUUCCUACAUGGAAGUCCUGAAAUUUUAGAAACUGUUGUCGGCUUACAUCCAAAUGAAGAAGAACACAGCACAUACUUAGAUGUUGAACCUAUAACUGGAUUUACUUUGCAAUUCGCAAAACGGCUACAGGUCAACUUAUUAGUCAAGCCAGCAAAAAAACUUGAGCCUUUAAAGCGUCUGACUAGGAACUAUAUAGUGCCUAUUCUUUGGCUUAAUGAGACUGGUACCAUUGGUGAUGAGAAGGCAGCAAUGUUCAGAGAUAAAGUAACUGGAAAAAUAAAACUCCUUAGCAAGGUAGAAAUCGCCUUACUCAGUGUUGGUAUGGUGAUGUUUGUUGCUUUCAUGAUUUCAUACUGUGCAUGCAGAUCAAAGAGGACAAAAUAAACAGCAAACGAGCCUUUGCAUUUACGUACCAGCAACAUCAGGACCGUUUUUAACAUUGACCUACAAAAUGAAGAUUUAACAUGCUUUAUUUUUACAAAACAUACCUAAUCUUAUAGUUGCAAAAAUGAAUAGGGCCACCAUUUCUUCAAUAAGCAGCAAUACAUUUCUAAAGGAUUACUAAAAUGUCAUUAAAAUCUGUAAUCUGAGCAAGAAACCAGGACCUUUUAAAAUUUCAUGCACACAGUCUAAUUGAUUUCAGUUUCUGCGGACCAAGAUUAAGCAAAAACCAAUUAUUUUUAUUUGGUACUGAUUCACUAAUUGAUUUCCUGGUGACAAAUUCAGCAGAAGAGUGAACAUUCUCAACAAAAUCUGGAUCCUGAACGCAUCUUCUUCAUCAAGGGAAAACACCGUCACUGGGCAAUGUCCCUGUUCAGUGGCAGCAGGCCUCAGGACCAUCAGUCCAUUGCAUCUCAUGAGCGUCAAUUAUUUUCAAAAGACAUUUAACAAUGGAAAAUAAAUGAUUAGCCUAUGAGUCCUUUAUUAUACAUUAAGUUUCUUUCUCUAUGGAAUUCUUUGUAUAGCAAACAGCAGGCAUUAUAACUAUGUUCUUACUUUGUAACAACAUGGGAGUCUAUUUUGUCACUGAUUAUGCAAAUAGAAGUCAUUUUUAGCAAUUUUGGCUCUCCAUGUUAAGGACUUUGUCAUUUUCCACAUUCUGCAGCUCUUCUGGAAAUCUGAGUAGCCUUUGAUCUUUCUACUCAGUUUCGUAUAACUUAUACUUCACAACUUUAGGCUGCUGUGUGGUAUUAAAAGAUGUAAAUGAGAAUAAAGGAAUUAUUGCAUGAAAGACUACAAGGAAAA